AGCGUGCCGAGGAGGAGAAGGGAGAGCACCGCAGUCUCCAUACAAGUGCAGACCACUGGAAGCUGCUCCACAAGACCCUGGCAGACGCCGACAGCGCAGGAACAGGUGCCUCCUUCUAGGUCAUUAUGGAUGCAAACAAUGAGAGCCUGUCAUAGCCCUCACUGGCAGCACUGCUUGGUAUGCCAUCUACAUGCCAUGAUGAAUUUUAUCUAAGGAAAACAAGCAUCUCCCUCAUACAGCACCAAGCAUCUGGGAGGAAUGAAGGACAGCUCUGGAUCUGCUCGGGCUUCUUAUUGAUGGAAGGACUGUGACAGCUUUACACAAGAUGCUGGGGUAGCCUUGCUGUUGAGGACAGCCCUGGUUUGUGGAAUACAGACAGUUCUUGUGUCAUAGGACUGCCCUCAUUUUAUGCAGAAAAGGCAGUCAGAGAAGGCCCCAUCAUUUUUUUGACCUGCCCCUUUCAUUUGCAAUAUGGCUAGCGCAGGAAUUUGGGGGCUGAGACAUAAGUGGCUUUCAGGGUUUCCUGGGUCCUUCUGUUAGCAAUGGCAAGUGGCAACAAAUCCCAAAGCAACUUCAUUAGCCUUGGCUUAACCAUGAAUGCUAUCAACAACAACCUCCAACUGGACGCUCUCCAUGCCUCCAGAGGGGACCCUGCCCUCAUAAUUCCAGUCACCGUGGAGGUGCCAUGUGACAGUCGGGGACAGCGCAUGUGGUGGGCAUUCCUGGCCUCUUCAAUGGUGACAUUUUUUGGAGGCCUUUUCAUUAUUUUGGUAUGGAGGACCCUUAAAUACCUUUGGACUGUCUGCUGUCACUGUGGGAGCAAGAAGAAGGAGGCCCAAAAGGUUGCAAACCCAGUCAAUACCCAAGGAAAUGAUGGGGACUGCAAGCCAACUGAUGAUAAAACAGAAACUGCUGUUGCAGAGGUGGGCUGGAUGACAUCUGUAAAAGACUGGGCUGGUGUUAUGAUUUCAGCUCAGACACUAACGGGUCGAGUGCUGGUGGUGACUGUCUUUGCUCUGAGCAUUGGGGCCCUGGUUAUAUAUUUCAUCGACUCAUCCAACCCUAUUGAAACCUGCCAAAACUUUUACAAGGACUUCACUCUUCAGAUCGAUAUGGCCUUCAACAUCUUCUUCCUGCUCUAUUUUGGCCUGAGGUUUAUUGCUGCCAAUGACAAGCUGUGGUUUUGGCUGGAAGUGAACUCUGUAGUGGAUUUUUUUACAGUGCCUCCUGUGUUUGUUUCUGUUUAUUUGAAUAGGAGCUGGCUGGGCUUGAGGUUUCUACGAGCUCUGAGGCUCAUACAGUUUUCCGAAAUCUUGCAAUUUUUAAACAUUUUAAAAACAAGUAAUUCCAUUAAGCUGGUAAACCUUUGCUCCAUUUUUAUAAGUACAUGGCUGACGGCUGCUGGCUUCAUUCAUUUAGUGGAGAACUCUGGAGACCCAUGGGAUGACUUUCGAAACUCACAGAGCAUCUCAUAUUGGGAGUGUGUUUACCUACUAAUGGUGACCAUGUCUACUGUGGGAUAUGGAGAUGUUUAUGCAAAAACGACCCUUGGCCGUCUCUUUAUGGUCUUCUUCAUUCUUGGCGGUUUGGCCAUGUUUGCCAGCUACGUCCCUGAAAUCAUAGAGUUAAUAGGAAACCGAAAGAAAUAUGGUGGUUCUUAUAGUGCAGUUAGUGGACGGAAGCAUAUUGUGGUGUGUGGUCACAUUACUUUAGAAAGUGUUUCCAACUUCUUAAAGGACUUCUUGCACAAAGAUCGAGACGACGUAAACGUGGAGAUCGUAUUUCUGCACAACAUAUCCCCCAAUUUGGAGCUUGAAGCACUCUUUAAGAGGCACUUUACUCAGGUAGAAUUUUACCAGGGAUCCGUCCUGAAUCCCCAUGAUCUGGCAAGAGUUAAGAUUGAGUCCGCAGAUGCCUGCCUAAUCCUUGCAAACAAGUAUUGUGCUGAUCCUGAUGCAGAGGAUGCAUCAAAUAUAAUGAGAGUGAUCUCUAUAAAAAACUAUCAUCCAAAGAUACGGAUUAUCACUCAGAUGCUGCAAUAUCAUAACAAGGCUCAUCUGUUAAACAUCCCUAGCUGGAAUUGGAAAGAAGGAGAUGAUGCUAUAUGUCUGGCUGAGCUGAAGCUGGGUUUCAUAGCUCAGAGUUGUCUAGCACAAGGUCUGUCCACUAUGCUUGCAAACCUUUUCUCUAUGCGUUCUUUUAUAAAGAUUGAAGAAGACACGUGGCAAAAGUACUACCUAGAAGGAGUGUCCAAUGAGAUGUACACAGAAUAUCUAUCCAACGCCUUUGUUGGACUCUCCUUCCCUGCGGUUUGUGAGUUGUGCUUUGUGAAACUGAAGCUGCUGAUGAUAGCCAUAGAAUACAAAUCAGAAAAAGGGGAGAGCAGGAUUAUUAUCAAUCCAGGAAACCACGUGAAGAUUAAAGAAGGCACCCUUGGAUUCUUCAUAGCAAGUGAUGCCAAGGAAGUUAAACGUGCAUUUUUCUAUUGCAAGGCUUGUCAUGAUGACAUCACAGACCCCAAAAGGAUAAAGAAGUGUGCAUGCAAGCGACUUGAAGAUGAGCAGCCAUCAGCAUUGUCACCGAAAAAAAAGCAAAGGAAUGGUGGGAUGAGGCACUCACCUAAUUCUUCACCAAACAUGAUGAGUAGGCACGAUCCCUUACUCAUGGUUGGGAAUGAUCAAAUAGACAACAUGGACUCCAGCAGUGUGAAGAAAUAUGACUCCACCGGCAUGUUCCAUUGGUGCCCCGCUAAGGAAAUGGAGAAAGUCCUGUUGACUCGCAGUGAAGCUGCAAUGACAGUUCUAAGUGGCCAUGUAGUUGUCUGUAUUUUUGGAGAUGUCACAUCUGCACUCAUUGGGCUUCGAAACUUGGUGAUGCCACUCCGAGCCAGCAACUUCCACUAUCAUGAACUGAAGCCGAUAGUAUUUGUGGGGUCCUUGGAAUACUUAAAGAGGGAGUGGGAGACUUUGCACAACUUCCCAAAGGUUUCCAUCCUGCCUGGUACACCAUUAAGUCGAGCUGAUCUAAGGGCUGUCAACAUUAACCUGUGUGACAUGUGCGUUAUUCUGUCAGCCAAUCAGAACAAUAUUGAUGAUACUUCACUUCAGGACAAGGAAUGUAUCUUGGCAUCUCUCAACAUCAAAUCCAUGCAGUUUGAUGACAGCAUUGGGGUCUUGCAAGCUAACUCUCAAGGCUUUACACCCCCAGGGAUGGAUCGUUCGUCCCCUGACAACAGUCCAGUGCAUGGUCUAGCAAGGCAGCCAUCUAUUACAACCGGGGCCAAUAUCCCCAUCAUUACUGAGCUUGUUAAUGAUUCCAAUGUUCAGUUCCUGGACCAGGAUGAUGAUGAUGACCCAGACACUGAGUUGUACCUAACCCAGCCUUUUGCCUGUGGCACUGCCUUUGCUGUAAGCGUUCUGGAUUCACUCAUGAGUGCGACAUACUUCAAUGAUAACAUCUUAACUCUGAUCCGAACAUUGGUGACAGGGGGAGCAACACCAGAGCUAGAAUCCUUAAUUGCAGAAGAGAAUGCAUUACGUGGAGGGUACAGCACCCCUCAAACUUUAGCUAACAGGGACCGUUGUCGAGUAGCUCAGUUGGCUCUGUAUGAUGGUCCAUUUGCUGACCUUGGGGAUGGUGGAUGCUAUGGAGAUUUGUAUUGUAAAGCAUUGAAAACCUACAACAUGCUUUGUUUUGGCAUAUAUCGGCUACGUGAUGCCCACCUAAGCACACCCAGCCAGUGUACCAAAAGGUACGUUAUUACAAAUCCUCCAUAUGAAUUUGAGUUGGUGCCCACAGACCUCAUCUUCUGCCUGAUGCAAUUCGACCACAAUGCCAGCCAGUCUCGUGCCAGCCUCUCACACUCCUCGCAUUCUUCACACUCUUCUAGCAAAAAGAGUUCAUCAGUUCACUCCAUCCCAGCCUCUGCUAACCGCCAGAACCGUGUCAAGGCUCGCGACGCACGUGACAAACAGAAGUAUGUGAUGGAAGAUAGACUGUGAACAGGGCUACAGGGGAAGGGGAAGUUGGUGCAAUGAGGACAGAGGGGUAUUACAAUAGAAUUGAGUCUUGUCAUCCCCUCUGUGCAGAUUUACUUUGCAGCCAUCAAGAUCAGAAAAGGGGUUAGUUGAUGCAUAUUAAAAAUAACUAGGCUUGGGUAAUUUUGGUUCAGAUAACUUUAUACAGAGUUGCUAUUUCACACCCUCCCAAAAGAGUGUACACUUUAUCGGGAGUGUUAUUCUAGAUAAGAAGAAGACAGCUAUGGAUAAUGGUUAAAUGGCCAAAGGUAAUAAAGGGUGUGAAAUACAUUUAACUCACAAAACCAUUGAUUUUGUUGUUGACAUGUUACACAUAAGGCAAACCCAUAACAGCUUCCUUGAUGUGUGACUAUGUUUCCAUGUAUGCAUCAAUGCCCCUGCUAUGUCAGAAGUGCCACUUCCCCGCCUCCCGCCUCUCAUUUGUUUUGGUCAUGGGUGCAUGGCAUUCUGUGUUUACAUACCUUCUCCUCAGUACCCAACCAUUCCUCAAACCCAAAACUCAUUUGUUGAACUUGUUGUACAGGCAGUAUAUUUAGCAGAUGUUAAGGAGUCCACUUUGAAACCAGUGCUAAACUUGACUAGACCAAAUAUAAGCUUAGUUAAAGUAGUAAGAAUGUGGUUCUUACAGGGGCGGACACAGACUACUUCAGAGGGCACCAGAGGGCACAUGUUUAAAAAAUGGCCCCCAAACACUGACAAGGUUGCCUAAUAUAUGUGUCAUAUGAUGUGGCUUUGAGAAUGUAAUGCAUAUUUUGCUUACAUUGCUUGUACAGGUAAAAGAAGUUAAAAUGUGAAAGUAUUCUCACUCUGUAAGGGUGCUUUCACACUUGCGUAAAAGUUUUCCAGUACAGAAGAGAAAACAGCCGGCACUCCGUGUGUGUAAUGAGCAGUGCGCGCGUCCAGGGUUGGCGUCCCAUAAAUCA